UGCGGAUGGGAGGCGGUGGGAGUUGUUUGAGGAUGGUGGGCCGGGGUAUCGCGUCUCUCGGCUUGGUUCCUCGAUAUCUCGCUAGCAUACAUUCAGUCGCCUGCCCGCAUCCAGUAUGAACCGUUUACAAGAAAAAUAAAAAAUAGCGAUUGUCCUCGUGGCAGCUGCAUCUGAUGGUAAAUACGAGUCACUCAGAACUGCUGCUGCCGCUGUCAUCGCUGCAGUCCGGAGAUGAUUUCUGAGCUUUGGUAAACAUAAGGCCUUUCAGCUGUCAGAUUUUGUUUGGGGGUUAUUGUGAUAAAAUGGCAACAUCAGCACCAUGUAUAUCUAACUCAUGUUUCCGUUAACGCGCAGAGAGGAUGCGCGCGUGAUUUCCACCAGUGCAGAUCGUGUUUUUACGUCGAGACGACAAAGCUAGCUUUAGCAGCAGCUUGUCAUCUGAAUCACUAGUUUUGUUAUUACUGUCAAAUCAGCAGACGUCCCUCUGAAGACAGCGAGUAACUAUGGCUGAACAAGACAUUUGUCCUCACCUGGACUCCAUAGGAGAGGUAACCAAAGAGGACCUCCUCCAGAAAUCUAAGGGAACUUGCCAGUCUUGUGGAGCAGGAGGCCCAAACCUGUGGGCCUGUCUACAGAGUGACUGCCCAUAUGUUGGUUGUGGAGAGUCCUUCUCUGAUCACAGCACCCUGCAUGCACAGGCUAAGAAGCAUAACCUGACUGUGAACCUGACGACGUUCAGGAUCUGGUGUUAUGUGUGUGAGCGGGAGGUGUUUUUGGAGCACAGGCCCGCGCUGGUGCCUGUACCUGCUGCUCCCCACCAAUGUAAAGCCACAGAACAGGAAGCAGCUCCUCAGCCAGUAGGUCAUCCGCUAAAAGCCGUACCAAUCGCUGUGGCAGAAGAAGAGGGUUCAGAGUCAGAGGAGGAUGAGCUCAAACCAAGAGGCCUGACAGGAAUGAAAAAUAUUGGAAACUCCUGCUACAUGAAUGCAGCUCUGCAAGCUCUCUCCAACUGUCCUCCUCUCACUCAGUUCUUCCUGGACUGUAGUGGAUUGGUCCGGACCGAGAAGAAGCCUGCCCUCUGCAAGAGCUACCAGAAACUCAUCUCUGAACUCUGGCAUAAAAAACGGCCCAGCUAUGUCGUGCCGACCAGCCUGUCUCAUGGCAUUAAACUAGUAAACCCCAUGUUUCGUGGUUACGCUCAGCAGGUAGGGGCAAGCACCCAGCAGGACACGCAGGAGUUCCUGCGCUGUUUGAUGGACCAGUUACACGAAGAGCUGAAGGAGCCUCUGACGGAGUGCAGCAUGAGCGGCGAGGGAAGUGAUGGCGAGGAGAUAAGAGACGGAGACCGCUCCCCGUCUGAGGACGAAUUCCUCUCCUGUGACUCUGGCUCCAGCAGUGACCGGGGGGAGGGGGGAGGAGCGGGCGACAGUGAGCUGCUCCUGCAGGAUGAGUGCGACGGGGUCAGGUCACCGGCAGGUGGGAUAGUGGCCGUUGGCACCGGCGGGGUGAUCUCAGAGAAGGAGAGGCUGAAGGAGCGGAGGGUGUCCGGCUCACCUCUACGUGGAGGCUCGCAAGAGAUGGAUGAGGAUGCUGAUGUGGAUACAGCAGCUGAGGAGGGGGCUCCUGAGAGGGGAGACGAAGAGGAGGUAACGCCAACCACAAACACUGAGGUCCAAAGCCAAGAGAAUAACCAGUUAUCUGAUACUGGGCAAGGGCAGAACCAGAGCAACAACACCUCAGAGCCAGACAACGAAGCGUCAAUGGCACAGCCCCAGUCCACUCCCUGCAGUCCAGUGCGAACCAUUCAAGAGUUACAUCCCAAACUGUCCUCCAGUCAGCCUCGCUCCAGCCCCCUCCGCUCUGCAGGACCUGCGUACUCCUUCAAAAAAGCUCAGCUGCUGCUCAGUGCCAGGAAGAAGAAACAGUCUCACUAUCGCAGCGUGAUCUCUGACAUCUUCGACGGCUCCAUCCUCAGUCUGGUUCAGUGUUUAACCUGCGACAGGGUCUCGACUACAGUGGAAACCUUCCAAGACUUAUCUCUCCCUAUUCCUGGUAAAGAGGACUUGGCCAAGCUCCACUCCUCCAUACAUCAGAACCUUCCAGUCAAAACAGGCGUGUGUCCCGACACUUACAGCUCGCAGGGCUGGAUCUCCUACAUCAUGGACUCCAUACGCCGGUUCGUAGUCUCAUGCAUCCCUAGUUGGUUUUGGGGGCCCAUGGUGACCCUGGAGGACUGCCUCGCAGCCUUCUUUGCUGCAGAUGAACUCAAAGGGGACAACAUGUACAGCUGUGAAAGAUGUAAAAAGUUGAGGAACGGUGUCAAAUAUUGCAAAGUACUUAGACUUCCAGAGAUUCUGUGCAUUCACCUGAAACGCUUCCGGCAUGAGGUCAUGUAUUCGUUCAAGAUUAGCAGCCACGUGUCCUUCCCGUUGGAGGGCCUCGACAUGCGACCAUUCCUGGCUAAAGAGAGUCCAUCCCAAGUCACCACUUACGACCUGCUGUCAGUCAUUUGUCACCAUGGAACUGCAGGAAGUGGACACUACAUAGCUUAUUGUCAGAAUGUGAUCAAUGGCCAGUGGUAUGAGUUUGAUGACCAGUAUGUCACAGAGGUCCAUGAGACUGUGGUGCAGAAUGCAGAGGCCUAUGUGUUGUUCUAUCGGAAAAGUAGCGAGGAGUCGGUGAGAGAGAGGCAGAAGGUGGUGGCUCUGGCAAACAUGAAGGAGCCCAGCCUGCUGCAGUUUUACAUCUCCAGAGAAUGGCUGAACAAGUUCAACACCUUUGCCGAACCGGGUCCCAUCAGCAACCACACGUUUCUUUGUCAGCAUGGAGGGAUCCCUCCCAAUAAAUACCACUACAUAGACGACUUGGUUGUGAUUGUUCCUCAGAAUGUGUGGGAGUACCUUUACAACAGUUUUGGAGGCGGCCCAGCUGUGAACCACCUGUAUAUGUGUGCCAUCUGCCAGGUGGAGAUCGAAGCUCUGGCUAAACGCAGGAAAAUGGAAAUAGACACCUUCAUCAAGCUGAAUAAAGAGUUUCAGGCUGAAGAGGCUCCGACGGUGAUCCUGUGCAUCAGCAUGCAGUGGUUCAGAGAGUGGGAGAGCUUUGUGAAGGGCAAAGACAACGAGCCACCAGGUCCCAUCGACAACAGUAAAAUCGGCGUUAUGAAAGGAGGACACAUACAACUCAAGCAAGGUGCAGACUAUGGUCAGAUCUCAGAGGAGACGUGGCAGUACUUGUUGGGUAUUUACGGUGGAGGCCCUGAGAUCGCAGUGAGACAGACCGUGGCCCCGGCUGACCCUGACAGCCUUCAUGGAGAGAGGAAGAUCGAGGCAGAAACCAGAGCACUUUAAGAUAAAGAGAGGUCUUCUGAUUCCCCCUUUCCACUCCUGCGUUCGCAGGAAGCUGAGGAAUUUGCACCUUGGUGAAGAAGCCUCGCCGUGAGCACUUUGUAAAUGUAGCAAUGCAUUAUUCUGAAGCCGUGUCGCGAGAGGGUGAGACGGUACUUAAAUAUCACGUAGUUAAUUUAUUGGAUUACUCUGAUCCUUGAUGUUAAGGUGUAAAAAAACAAAAAGAAAAAAAGACGUCGUGUUACAUCUCUGGUUCUGGUAGCUAUGGUGUUUCAGUGGCUGCUCUAGUGGCUAGGUGUCAGAUACUGCUACAGCUGGUGGUGUUGUGAACCAGCCUGCCGAGGAGGAGAACUCAACCUCGGUGUGACGUUUGCUUUGAGGACUUUCUUCUUUGAUUUGAAGCAGCAAUCAAGAGAUGUUAACAAGCUUUCUGUUUGUUUGCCUGUUUACUAGUUACAUAGCAACAAGUCCAGAAAUCAAGUGAGAGAUAUUACAUCAAUCAUACUCUUGCACCUCAAACCUUAAACACACAGAAUAACUGAGCCCUCAGGAAUGGAAGUCUUUUGUUUGUUAAAGCCAGUGAUACGAGAACACCACAGCAGGUUUGUGUCAGACCACAAAAAACAUGCAUGUCUUCCAAAACACCGUUAUCAGGGUGUAUUUGAAAAGCUUCAAAAUGCAUGUAACUGCUGCUCCUUUAUUUGGACCUGGAAGGAUGUUUUACUGACAGGAUAAGGUGCCGAGUUUGUUCACUCAAAUGCAAAAUAAAAUCUUUUUUCUGCUUAAA